AGUGAAGAUCAACUCUGAGAUGCAGGUACAUCCAGCUGACAAGUCCCAAACAGGAAGAAAUCUUCGUCCUGGAUUCCAUUGCUGGCCACUAUCCAUCUUUGUUUAUCAGGGCGCAGUUUAGAAAUUGUGACCAGGAUACAAACCUAGUAUGAGUAAUUCUUGUUAUUUAAGUUCAGAAACAUUGUAGACUUAACAUCUUACUGACCUAAAAGUCAUUGGUAAAUGAAUUCCAACAAAUCAUAAAUGAAUAUGAGAAUUAACAUUAAAUUUUACUUACAAUUAAUGUUCCAUCCUUAUAAACAAUAAAAUACACAGACUCAUUAUAAUUUCCAUGUUUCAUUCUGUUCUCAUCUAUCAUUUUAUUCGAAUUCAUCAACUGAAAUGUAAAUAUAAACGCUAAUAAGUUCUUCAAAUGUUCAAUUUCAUCAUACUAUAUUAAAUUUUUCUUUAAUUAUCAUAUAGUUUUUAUAUAAAAAGUGUUUAGGUCACAUCAAAUCCUACUAAGUCUAUUAGUUAAUGAAUUAAUAGCACUACGGUGACGACCUUCACCUUGACAUUAUGAGAUUUUACGAUUGGCGGGUAAGUAAAAAGAAAAUCAAACAUUUAAUUAUAACGUUGAAUAUUAUUAUUAUUUUUCGUAACUGUUUGAUCAAAACUAUUAUUGGUGUAAUAUAAUUGUUUAGUCAUAUAUAUUCUUGUUAAUUAUUGUGAUUAGUAUUUGAUUCAAUGGCGAGUAGUUUAUACAAAUCUCGUCCUGAAUAUUUACAAGCUCCGAAAUUUUAUGGAUAUAAAACUAUUAGUGUAGAAGAGGAGAAAAAACUAGUUGAACGUCUUAGUAAACCAACAAUUUCGAUUAUUCAAGCUCAAUUAGCCAGCUUAUCUAAUCGAAGUCAUCAUCAAACAUUAGACAUUCAAAAUCCAAAAUUCAAUAUUGAAAGUAACAGUGUUAAUCCUAUAGAGUAUUAUGAUGGUGAAACAUUAACUAGUCGGGGUAUUUCAUCGCCACCAUCGUCGCCAUCAUUAUCACCAUCGAAUUGUUCAAGUCGUUUGGUUGACUUGAGAUCAAUUGAUGAUUAUGAAAAUGUUUCGGAUAGACUGAAUAAAUUAGCAGAAAUAUGGAAUAGAACUGGAAAAUCUAAUCCACUUUUACCACCGUGUGCAUGUGCUCGUGGUGAAUUAUUACUGAAAGAAGAUAAUGAAAAUUGGAUGAUGAACAUACAUUGUCAUUGUUCUAGCGCUUGCUCUAGUGUACAUAAUCGAUAUACUUCUAUUCAAGAACCAGUUGAAUGGAAUAGAAUCAAUAAAAUUGUUCGACGACUUCAUAGUUCAGGAACAGCUGGAUCUAUUGCACGUCAAAAAGAAAGUCAAGCAUUAUUAUCUGCAUUGUCAAAACGACACAUCGAUCAUUCAACUAAUUAUUUUACCGAAAAUAUUAACAUGCAAAAACUCACUAAUCCAGAAUCAAGGUCUAGUUUAUUCGAUCAAAGAGGUCAUUUUAAACCGAUUAAAUAUAUUAAUCAAUGGGAAACUUCUCAAAAAAUCAAUCAUAAACUUAAUCGAAUAACACGACCAACUACUUCUAGUAAGUUGAAACGUCGUGGAGCAUGUGUAUUAUGCGAUCAAAAUUUAUCUUUAAAAACUCCUCUAGGUGUAGUUAAUAAUUAUUCAAUUGAUAAAACUUUACAUAAAACUUUUCAUUUGUAUGAUAAGAAACAAGAAAACGAUUUAGUUGAACGUGUUAUUCGACCUACAUUUGCAUCACAAGCCAAUAAAUGUCAUUGUCCAAAAUCAUAUCAGUUUAAUCCACAUAUCAAACAGAAUUCAGAUCAUAUUCAAUUAAGUGGUGAAUCAAUUAUUCAACGAUUAAAGCAUUUCAACAAACAAUUACCAUUAAUUAGUGGAUUAACAAGAAGUUCUAGCAUAAAUUCAAUUACUAAUCGUUUAUAUUCAGGUAAAUGUCGUCGAACUAACUGUUCAUAUAGAUAGAAUAGGAAAGAUCCGUAAGUGUAAUUAUAAUUUAUAGAAAAAACAAACAAACACUUUCGAUAGAUUUAUAAAACUCAUUUCACAUCAACAUAAGAUCCUUAUCUAAGGUUAUAUUCCUGUACAAAAUUCUCCAUCAUUUAGAAAACAACAACAACAUAUAUACUACUGUAAACUAAAAUUUGAAAGUAAUGUUGAACUUUUUUUGAUAAACUUACUUUAUUAAAAGAGUUAUGGACUGAUAUUUGUGAAAAGAAACAAGCUACUUAUCUCUAUACUACUUAUAGAGGAAACAAAACUAUUAUCUGUUUAAAUUGUUUUCUUUUUGUAACUAAACUUUGGGUGAAUUUCAUAAGCUUCAGAAUAUUGUGUGUGGAAAUAAUGAACUUGCUUCAUUCA